UGUUGCUGCCACUUGUAAGUUGCUGUGACUGCAACCUAAAUUGCAUCCGGUGUUUAUUAUCACUUACAGUAAAGACAGUUUUUUUCUUGAAUGUAGCCAUUAGCAGGAUGGUGCCAAAUGUCAGUGCCGUUAUUAGCAUGAAAUUGUUGUCGUUAAAUGGACAAACCACAGCUCAAUGGACUUUUGUGUAGGUUAUUUUUGGAAGUAGAGCAACCAAAACGGCACACUGGGUUUAAAGUGCACCUCUCUUUAGAGGAUGAGUCCCAGCCAAUCCUGCUUGGUUUAAGUUUGGGUGAGAGUCGUGGUUAUGGUUAGCCUUUUGUUUUGCAUGGUUGCUCUGUGACACAAGCACCAAAUUUUAGUGAGAACAAAACAAAACCAGACAGUUCUCCAACAACACCUGUGGUUGAUGUUUAGAAUUUCAGUCACCUGAUGUCCACCUGCUGUCUUUUUUGUGUCGUCGCAUGUGACCUAGAUUAAGUUUCAGGUAAUCUGGUCACGCCACAUGUCCACAGCUGUUAACACAAACAGAUUACCAGUUCUGAAACUGGACACAUGCUGCGUGAUUGCACCUUUACGUUCUCCAAGGCCUAUAACUCAGCGAGCAGCUAGUCUGUCCAUUUAUCUACUUCAGGUUGCUCUGAGGUGUCGGCUAACUGACAUGAUGUAACAUCAGAUAUUUCUCUUCUCCACUGUGGCUCUGAUCCUGCAAUAUAGUGAAGCUGCGUUUGUGUAUCAAUGCUUCGUGAUGAUAAGUUACACUCAAGUAGCUGCUAUGAGGCCUUAGUCUAUUGGGAACUCUGAGGUCAAUGAGUCUCCACAUUGACUCCAAACAUCUUCACCAGUUCCAGUACUGGACAUCAGAGGAUAUACUGUAGGGUCACCCUCGAUGGAUCAGUACCCUGUGCACUCAUUGCAAUGAAUAACCUUCGUGGGUGACGGGGGUUUAGUUUUACUUUAGUUGCUGUCAUGACUGAUGAUGCUGACUGGUCAACACCCUGAGCUUCUGCGACUCACUUUGAGGUUUUCUACACACUAGCUGUAUAAUUCAGUGAGGUCAGUGAAGGUAGACGUUGGCCUGCUGCACCGUGAUAUUGUCACAUGGGCUCAAUAUCGGGAUAGUAGUGUGUGAUACUACCGCAAUAUUUUACGGUAAUGGUAAUGUCAUCAUACAUAGAUUCAUGGUGGAUCAAGGAAUUCCAUCCACGAUGAAUCGCCAUGUUCGAGUCAAUUAGGGAUUUCAGAAUGUAUUGCCAUGUCAUAGCCAAUACAAAGCAUUGUCAAUCAAUUUCACAGGAAGGACAGGCCAGUAAAGCAAAGUACAUAAUGUGCUGCUGUUAUGUAUAAGCACAGAAUGGUGACGGACAAGGUGGUCAUGCAUAUUCGUUGAGUUGGCAUGUUGUGUAGCUAUUCUUCAAGUUUUCAAGUGUCCCAUUGUUCGUGCAGCGAAAGCCAGAGUGGCUCCUGACUUAAAUCUGUUGCAUGUUUUCUUCUGAGACUGGUUUACCUCCUCCACCUAGUACCUCUUCCUUCCUUUAAUUUCCCUUCAAAGAGUACUCUGCCACAGCAACCGCUCCUUUCAUGAAAAGCAGAGCCACCCUAUGGAGCUUUCUAGAACUGUUGCCGUUUUGAGAGGAUCUUGUUAGAACGUCUACAUGUUUGUAGUUUGAAUUUUGAUAUUUGGCAUCCAUCCGUUUCCUGUCUUGGAUCAGCCCGGGGUCCACCUCCCAGUUGCCUGGAGCGACCUGCAGUGGCGUCAACACAUGUAUGAUUUAACUUCGGAUAGACCUGUUGCUUUGUCCGAUCAUUUUAAUAAGCCACUACUCAAAUGUCUAUUCCACUUGUGUCAUUUUUUUGUUUUUGUGAUUCUUGUCGGUAAAAGUUCAUCUUCAGUGCAUUAGAGAAGAAUCCUUUUAGUGGAACAGCAUCUACUGUUGUUUGUCAGCCAUGUGAUUAAAUUCAGCUGGAAAAACUAUUUUUAAACGCACGACAACAAAGCACUGUGAUCUUUAAGUUCAUUUUUGAGACGAUCAUGUCUCACUAUCGAACAAUGGUGGGUCAAAGUCAUUCAUCGGAGCAGCAAGUGUGGGUGGCUCAUGAAUGAACGAGCUGUUGGAUGAGGGGGUGAGGGCACUCAUGUAGACUCAGCUGAUCAUGGCUCACUCAGGACAUGAUGUCACCGGCGCCUGGUGCACACUGUCGCGCUGCAGUUAAAUCAGCUUAUCAGAGAGGGAGAGCAGAGCUGCCUCCAUGUGUGACCCUAAGCUGAUCAGAGGUGCCGUCUCAGUGACCGGACUCUACCUCAUAUAUGGAUACGGUGCCUCGCUCGUCUGCAACCUGAUUGGUUUUGUUUACCCGGCGUACUUUUCAAUCAAGGCCAUCGAAAGUCCCACCAAAGAAGACGACACCAAAUGGCUGACGUACUGGGUCGUGUACGGAGUCUUCAGCCUGGGCGAGUUCUUCUCUGAUAUUUUCCUUUACUGGUUUCCGUUCUACUAUGCGUUUAAGUGUCUGUUUCUACUAUGGUGCAUGGCUCCUACUUCCUGGAACGGCUCUCAGAUCAUAUACAACAGAGUGGUUCGACCCAUUUUCCUCCGCCACGAGGCCAUUGUGGACAAUAUGGUCAGUGACCUGAGUGGGAAAGCCAUGAGUGCUGCUGAGAACCUCACCAGAGAAGUUCUGUCCACGCUGGUGAAGAACAAAGCUCUGGUGACUCCAGCGCCUCCGUCUGAGCCCAAAAGUUUGCCUAGCACAUCUCAAGAACCUUCUCCAACAAAAAGAAGCUCUUCUAAACAAUCGAAGGAGACGCAACCCGCUGAAGCUGGUGAGGACCAUCGCUGACACUGAAGCUUUUUUUUUUUUUAAUUGCCAUUUUGUAUCGACAAAUUUGAUCUCAAAUCGUGUCCUUUUCAAUGUUUUCAAUGUCUUUUAUUUUCUACUUUGUUCUCUUCAUCUGUCGUCACUUGAGUCUGCAGCGGUGUGUCGCACAUGUCUGGAGAGUAGAAACUCUGGUACUUUCGAACAUCUGGAUCAUAAAGGGCCAUCGACAUCUUCAUGCUGAUGUUGUUAGUAGAGAUAGUCUCCUGUUUCACUGGAC